AUGGCAAACAGUUCUUUUGCGCAACGUCAUACAAUGGUAGCCACAUUAUGGAAAAAUGGUACCCACGACGCUAAAACUUUACACUCUUUAACCUCCAUCCCACUUUCUACAAUAUACGAUUAUAUAAAAAAACUUAAAAAAAAUAUUCCAUUAGAGCCUUUGUCUCGUCCAGGAAGACCAAAACACCUUUCUCCCAAAAAAUGUCGUCACCUUGGAAAACUUGUUUCAGCAAACAAAUUUUCUACCUGUUCUGAGUUGGCAAACAUUUUAAAUGGAAAACAUCCUAACCUUAAUAUAAGCAAAAGAACUGUGCUCAAUGAACUCCACAGACUUAAUUAUGUUAGUACAGUCCCAAAAACAAUUCCUUUACUUACGGAUCUUCAUAAACAACGCCGUCUUGAAUUUGCCAUGAAAUAUCGAAAGCAAAACUGGAAUAAA